AUUAAUUUCCUUUUAAAUUGGUUUCGAUGGCGAAGAAAUUCAAGCUGUCAAAUGACCGUGAGCUCUUUGAUUCGUUUUUUCCUGGACUGGUCGAUGAUAUUGUGAAGGAGAACGAGAAUGAUCCGGAAACCGGAGAAGCAGCUCGACAUAUGCGUGAGGUAAUAUUGAAAUUGAAAGUAGCACUAAGUCCUCUAUAAACUUAGUCAGCGAUCUUUGUGUUUCAAAAAGUCACUAUUUGGUGCUAAAUAGCAAUCAACUCGCCCCGAAAUUAAUAUAACCCUAAAACAUACUGUUAUAAACUCUAAAGAAAAGCCAAGAAAGGCCAUCAACCUUGUUAGUCCGGCCUUAGACCAUGUUGUUAAGAUGAAACCUUCAUGGUCCAGCCCCAAUCACAUCAGAUAACAAGUGGAUUCCUUUUUUGGAGAUUUUAAUUCGAUUUUUCUGUAAUUAUUGAUCGGUGUGUGUUCUUAUUUCUGCCAGGUAUUGGAAUAUAAUGUUCCUGGAGGUAAUUUACAAUUCAUUCAUUUGUCAUUUUAUGUACCCUAAACUUUGCACCUGAUCAGGAUCAGCAGGAAAUGUCUUGAGAAACCUAGGGUUUUCAUAUCUGGUUGUAAGGGUAUAAGCUUUUUUCUUCUCACCCAUCUGGUAUUGUAAGCAUUGACUGUUUAGUUUCCAGAGACUGUUUUUCAAGGGGAUGGAAAAUAAUGUUGAAAAACCUUAAAAUAAUUGAGAAUUUCCCUUGAGCCAAGCAACUUAAACUAUCACAGGAUUGAGUUAGGCAAAGAUUAUUACAGACAUGACUGUCUCCAAUGAAUUCUGUUGGCAUACUCCCCAUUACAAACUCCCCCUCCCUGCCGCCCUUGCAAGUUCUCCCCCUGAAGUAAAACAAGUUCUCCCCUCAUUUUCAGCAGUUUUUCCUGGCCACCUUUGUUUGUUUGCCCCCAAAUGUUUCACCUUGUUACAGCAGAACAUUUUCCUUUUUUGUAAAAAUUGUAACAUAUUUUGGUCAACUUGCAAUUUCAUAGCAAAAUCAUGAAAAAGUUCAAUCAACAUGCAAAUUCUAAGGCAUGUCUACUGCAUGAGUAAGGCUAAGCUGUUACAUUGCAUUCACCCCUCAAAUACUAUGAGCAUUUUUUUGUAUAUAAGUUGUCCUUUUAAACUGUUUCUGUCUGUUUUUUGUUGUUGUUGUUGUUGUUCCUUUUCUUUUAAAGAAGGAGAAAAAUGAUAAGAAUUAUUGAGGAUUUCCUUUUAUUGAUGUGAAGCAACAUUGCGUUUUUCUCAAAUACCUUAUGUAGGAAAAAAGAAUCGUGGCCUUUCUGUGAUUGGAUCAUUACGGCACCUUAUUAGUCCUGAUAAGCUAACAGAGACAGAUGAGAAGAAUGCAAUUAUACUUGGUUGGUGUGUAGAGUGGGUGAGUUUGAAAAAUUCACUUGUUUUGAAUUAAGGGUCUUUUGCUCUGAUGUUUUUUCUGUUUCCAUAGAUUUCAGAGUUCCACAUAUGUGUUUGGUUGAAUUAAGUUUGGUAUAAUGUGGAGCUGAAUUAUAUAUCCUAGUGGUAUUUGGCUAUUUAUAAAAAAAAGGCUGACUGACAAGUUUUAGUGACUUGACACAAACACUGGUAAACCUGAUACAACAAUAAACUCACUAGGCUCUGUUUGCUGAUUGUUUCAUAGUUACAAGCCUUCUUCCUGGUUGCCGAUGAUAUCAUGGAUGAAUCAUUGACAAGACGAGGCAAGCUUUGCUGGUAUAGAAAGGUGAUCUUAGAUCAAAUAUAAAGGAAACUUGUUUCAAGAGAAACAAGUCCUUCUGGUUUGCCUAUUGAGAUAAGGGGAAACCUUUGUUGCUUUGUGGUUAGUGGACUAAAGACCUCAAAUUGAGAGGUCUGGAUGUAAACUCUGGUCAGGGUCAAUCACAUUGUGUGUGGGUACAAAACACCCAACUCUUAAGCCUGGUUUUGCUAGCAAGACAAGCAAAAGGGCAAGCACAAAUUCACACAUUAGGAAAAUUAUCAUCAUCAUAGCAGUCCAUCAGGGGCAACAGUGACUGUGUGGACCUUGUUAACUUGGGCAACCAUUUCAUGAAACUGCUUGCAAAGUGUUUCAUUACCCCUGGCUUUUGCUGGACUAGGGACACAUUCUUGACAGAUAUUAUCAGUGGCAAGGACAGACUGACUCCAGUAUCUGUUGCAGUGACUGACCAGAUGAUUGGUUUGUUUAUCUCUGCUCUUUGUGUAUUGCAUGUCAUAAUGCACUGACUGGCAAAAGUACAUCAUGGACCUUUCGACAGAUGUGUUGAUCAUCUACCAGAAUGUCCAGACUCACCCUGUGUAACUGGGAGUGGUCCACCUCAAACAUUAAGAUAGAUAUUGUUUUUAGUUCUGUCAGGAUGCCCAGUUUCACCCUCCACAAGGGGCAGGUUUGCCAGUUGAAUCCCUGACUUCCUGUCCUGUGACAAAGGUAGUACCGGUUUUCAUGGUUAUUCAGUAGCAUGCAAACCAAUGCUUGACCUAACAUGAGAUAUGUCAAAGGAAAACUAAAAUUACUUGAGUCUAGAGCUAGAUCUUUCUGUGUGGGUUUUCUAACUUAUACCCAAGGUCACAUGACCAGUUUUCCUAAUUUGUUGAAGUUUGAGAUUAGAAAAACUGCCAUCUUGAUCUUUUUCCUUACUCUUUUUUGGACUUUGAACUAAUACAUUACAACUAGUACAAUAAAAGCAAAAAUUUCUGACCUUUGUUCUUGUUCUUGUUCUUGGGCUUGUGUUUAUGUUUACAUCAAGGCCAUUUCACAGUGAAAUAUGAACAGUUGUGCUUGUGUUAACUUUAUGCUUGCAUUUGUGCUUGUGUUGCUAGUGAAAACCAGGCUUUCUAAUUUGUCCUUCCACCCUAGUGAACUGUCAAGAAGACCUGAGAAAAUAAUAACUGGGUAGUAACUAUUUGCUUCAAACUGUAGAGAGGGGUGAGGUCUGCUGGAGAUAUUGUCCUUCUUGCCCAAAGGCCAACUUCACAAAUAUGAAAGUGCUCUUUGCAGUAAUGAAUGCUACUUGAGAAGCAGUGAAAAUAAGAUGUGAAAAAAAAUUCAAGCCUGCAUCUGUGAUACCAAAGCAGUGCUCUACCAAGAGAGCUAACAAGCCAACAGGGAGCUGGUCACUAUGUUGGUUCCAAAUAAACCCAUUAAGUGAUGAGUAAAUAACUGUGAAUAUUGUGUGAACAAUAGAUAAAGAUGUGAAUAUGAAAGCGAUUUUCACCAACUUUAAUUGACUUUAUUUCAAGGUUGCAAUAAUGUCCUUAUCUGUUACCUGAUCCUAGACUUGACUUUUAAGGAGUUCCUUUUUUUUUUCUCUUUUUUGGUUACUGUGCGAGAUAAUUAUUGUUUUUCUUUUUUCUCUGUGUAGACUGGAAUUGGGAAUAUUGCUGUCAAUGACUUUCUUCUCAUAGAAGCCACAAUAUACAAACUGCUAAAGAAACAUGUAUUUCAAGAGCCAUAUUAUGUUGAUGUUUUAAAUUUAUUUCAUGAGGUUAGUACUGAGAUCACUCAAUACAGGUUUAAAAAUGUUAAACACAAACUAGAAAUGUGUUUAAAGACUGUACAUAAUUAUGGAUAAAACCUGAAAAGUGAGUAAGUACCUUAAUAAAUAAAUUCCAGUUAAAGUGCAGUUGAAGUAAUGUUUGUUGCAAAACAGAAUGUCAUUUCCUUAAAAUACUAAUAUUAAACUUUUGAAGAGAGUAACUUUGUGGGUGUGCUUUCCCAGUAAUUCAGUUUGAAGAAGCUUGUUUUUCUCACUGGCAGACAUUUUUAUCAUGGGUAAUUGAAUCAAUGGCUGACAUUUUUUUGUGGAUCUGCUUCUAAGGUUACUUAUCAAACUGCAACUGGACAAACAUUAGACCUUAUCACCAAGCCUGGCACAAAUUUUGAGAAUUUUACCAUGGAAAGGUAUUGUAGCCACUUUAUGACUGAAAUUAGGAUUCAGUGUCAAAAUUGCAAACAAUGCUAAAACUGAAAACUUACAGAGAAUAUAAAAGAUCCUAUCUUAACACAAAGAUUUUGAAGACAUCAAAUGACAGGAGUUAUGUUUGCCAUUUGCUAAAAUGCAGCCAAAGGAAAAGUAGACAAAGAACACAAUAUAAUUUUUAUUAGGAUGGUUGCUUGAACAUAAUUAAUCAGUGCUGGGUACAGGUAAGGUGAUAUGGUGAAAGCAAUGAUGUAAACAUCAGAGUUGCAGUUUAUAUUGGAAGCUCCCUAACAGUGUACAAUCUUUUACUCAGUGUUCACAUUGUUACAGUUGAUGUCAAUGGGUUCAUUGUGAUUUAGUCAAUUAUUUUGUAUGCUUUUAGUUUGUGCUAAAAUUAUACAAAAUCAGGCCAUCUUUUUGCCCUGUGUCUCCUUCAAGUUCCAUUUGUUUACUUAAUUUGUAUUUUUUUUGCCUUAAGUUUUGUCAUCUGUUGCCAGUUUUGUUUCACAUACUAAUUAGGUGUUUAUCACUUCCUUUAUAAGUAAAGUUUAAUGUUUUGAAAUCAAGAAUCUGUGGCUUUGCUGUUGUGUCUCUGCACACAGAUUGUGACUGAAUGAAUUGGUAGGAAAAUAAACAAUGGAAAGAUAGGAGGGGCCCAUGCUACCCCUCCAGGCUAGGUUACUAAGCACUUCAUCCCUUUUUCAGAUACAAAGCUAUUGUGAAAUACAAGACAGCAUACUAUUCAUUUUAUUUGCCAGUUGCACUGGCAAUGUAUAUGGUGAGGAUCCAAAAAGUAGCUUUAUUGUUGUGAAAUUUCUGAUAUUCAAACAUGGCCUCCAUUUUAAACCAUAAAUGUUAGCUUUGGUAUUAACAUCUGUGAUUGGAAAGGACUAUUUUUUCUAAGUGGUUAACUUUCUGUAUUUGUAGGCAGGUAUAAAGGAUACAACAUCUCAUGAGAAUUCCAAAGAAAUUUUACUAGUGAUGGGGGAAUUUUUUCAAAUUCAGGUGAGGCAUUUUGCAUCAAUUCUAUAUGAGAGGGAACAGUCAUUCAAGCCCCCACAAGUGGAGAUAAACUGGUCCAGUGAUUAGAACAAUGAAUUCUGCUUUAGAAGAAAGAUCCUGGUUCCAAAGCCCAGGGUGCCAUCCUUUUUUGUGUUCUUGAACAAGAAUUUGACUCUUAUAUAGCAUCUCUCCGCCCUGGAGUAACUACAGGGUAACUACAACAUGAACAAGGAAAUGUGAUGGAGGAUCUCUCUCAAAUGCAGCAAGAUCUUCACAUGAUGGACGAAAAUGAUUUAUUGAUGAAAGUAAAUUUAGGAGCAGAAAUACUUAAAAUCGAAGAGUUUGGACUUUUGCUACCUUACAUGUACAUCAACUUUGAUGUUCACAGGAUGACUACUUGGACUGCUAUGGGGACCCAGCGGUUACAGGAAAAGUAGGCACAGAUAUUGAAGAAGAAAAGUGCUCUUGGCUGAUUAUUCAAGCUCUUCAAAGGAUAUCUACAGACCAGAUGCAAAUUUUAAAGGUGCAAGAGCUAUUAAUGUAAUCAAAUAUAUUUGUAUGUAUUUUUUUCCAAAAUACGUUUUUGAGUUCACGAGCAGUUAAGUAGCUGCUGUUGUUCAGCAGCCCACCCUCCCUUUCCCCUGUUUUUGUCUUCCACUGAUCUAAUCACUGUCUGUGGAUACUCCAAUCACUUACCUUGCAUUUACUUUACGGCUAAACGUGUUCAAAGCAGUGUUUAAACUUGAGCUGGUGUUCGACGAAAUCUAUGUGUGCGCUUCAUGUGGUUUCCGCUUCCAACUUACGAUUCAUUCAUUUUUUGGACCUCUGAUAUACCCUACUUUUAAAUACUUAUAUCGACCAGCUACUUUGCUAGUAUUCUAAUUUUAUUAAUUUUCAGAUUAUGUAAUGACUUGUAGGAUGAGAUAAGAUUUUUCACAUUUAGAACAAAAAGCCUAACCCUAAUGGCUGCCUUCUCUCCUAGAGAUUUCCAUUGUACACAGCAGGCACUCGUAGUAAGAAACAGGAAUUUAACUAUGUUUUGUUUUGGAUUCUUUUUUCUCCAGGAUAAUUACGGUAAAAAAGAUUCUGCGUCAUCCGAGGUGUGCAGCUCGCCUUCUAAUUUUAUUAAUCUUCAUAUUAUGUAAUGACUUGCAGGAUGAGCUUAAAUUUAUUAAAACCCCACCCGUAUUCCCUGCUUUCCCUCCAAGAGAUUCUUAUUCCACAAGUUUGACACUCGAAAUAAGAAACAGGCAUUUACCGGUAAAACUGUUCUAUUUCGGUCACUUUUUUUUUGAGGAGAAUUACAGUGGAACGAAUUCUGCGUCAUCCGAGAAGGUUGAGAUUUAAUUCAUUUUCAGCUCAUGUAAUGACUUGCAGGAUAAGCUAAGAUUUAUUAGUAUUGGUAAUAACAUGAUUACGAGUGUAAUUUCAAUUGUUGUUGAUAAGCACGAUUAAAUUUUUCAAAGACAACAAAAUUGUGCCUAUUUACAUCAAAUUGUACGCGAAAUGAUUCUAUUUCUUAUUAAUAAAUUACUUGAAAAAAAGUAUCACGGAAAGUCAAAACAGACGAAAUUUUGACAGCGCACGCGCUAUUUGUAAAUUGCACUUGUGUUACAACUUUGCACCCGUGUUAUUUGAAAAAUGCACUCGUUUUCAGCCAAUCAGAAGAGUGUGAAUUUUUUAUGUGAAGUAUUACAAUUAGAACAAGAGUCUAUCUUCUCUCUCAGAGAUUUUCAUUGUACACGACAAGCACUCGUGAUGAGAAACUGGAAUAUAACUCUGUUGUAUUUUGUUUACUUUUUUCCAGGAGGAUAAAAGUAAAAAAGAUUCAUCCAAGGUGAAAAAAUUAUACCAUGAGCUCAACUUGAAGCAGGUAUUUAAGGACUACGAAGAGGAAAGUUACAAGAACAUUGUAGAACUUAUAUCGCAGAAAUCUGGCAACCUGCCUGAAGGAUUAUUUCUAGAAUUUGUGAAGAAAAUAUACAAGCGGAAUAAAUGAGCAGUUGUGCUCCAAACAAGGUUCAUUAUUAUUGAGCGACCACUACACUGUCAUUUUGACUGACAGUAAUACCGGCAGAAGAAGACACAGCUGUGCUGGUAACAAUCGCUUCCUCCUUCAAUUAGCUGUGUGAAGUUUAGCGAGAUGAACGCGCGGCUGAAGAGUAAUGAGACUUUGCCUCAAAAUGCAAUUGCACGUGUCAUAUUAUGGAAGCACGGCUGUGCGGAUGUGGAGAUUUACAUGAUAAGCUGAAUUGUCUACGAGUUUUUAUUAGUUCUUAAGGUCUAUUAGAGACAGAAGUAUAGAUGACGUUACUUUUAAUGAUGUUUUACGUCUUUACUGUAGAAAAUAAAUGGACUCUAUGUUGCCGUGGCUCUGUUUAGUAACUGAUCACGAAGCACAUUAAAAUUUGGUAAGAAAAUCAGUGGCACACUCAGCUGCGCACUGUGUGUCAGUUUCUUUUUUCCUUUAUUAAGCGGUCACCCCACCAUUCCCCGUGCUUAGCUGC